AUGCCCGCCGUUUCUACCGCCAGCACUAUCACCAAAGCAUCUAAGAAGAAGAGCUUCCCUAAGAAGACGUCCACUGACAGAGGCAGCCUCAAGGAAAGUGACGCCCACAUUAGGGAAAAAAAGUUGAAGGACAAGAAGAGAAAGCGUUCUCAGAGAAAGCGUUCUACCAAGGAAAACCCCAAGGGUGACGAAGUUGUCAAGGAGAAGUCUUCUAACGAAGGUGCCUCUUUGAAGCCUACCAACUCCACCCCAGCUCAGCAGGUUUCCAAGCCUGUUGAGCCCACCAAGGAAAAGAAGACGUCCAAGCAGAAGUUCCUCUCCAACGAGGGCGACUCCUACUACAUUUCCGACUUCUUCAGUUUCCAGCUCAUUCUUGAGGGGUUUGUACCCCUCAACCCAGGUCAGACCUCUUACCUUGAGCUGUAUUUGACCCAAAAAAGUGAACCAUGUCCAGAGGUGAAGGAAUCUCCUGAGCCCGAGGUCAGCAACCCAAUUCAGGUAACUUUGCCUGAAGCUACCACCCCAGCGAUUUCCCCUAAGCUGGUCACUAACCACGCCCAGGUGGCAACACUUUUGCCCUUGGACUUCCCCGUUUUCAAGACUUGGUCGUCUUUGUCUCAGACUGAACAGACCUACUACCCAGGCGACUUUCACCACUUCAGAAAGUGCCUCAAGGAGGAGGAAACCACUUUCCUUCCCAAGGAUUUCUACUUCUGGCAGGACGCCUCGUCCGAGAAGCCUAGAGAGUCCUUCGCUAUCACGGACUUUUUUGAAUUCCGACUCAUCAUUGACGAACUCGUGCCUCUCAAUCAAACAAAGAAGAGGAAGACCCCAAACACAAAGAAGGUCUUCCUAGUGGAUGACGGGAAGCUUUUCGUCACUGACUUUUUCAGCUUCCAAACCAUUGCUGAGAGUCUCGAAUCACUUGAUGGUGAUUUGUCUGACUUCGAAUUCUGCUUGCGAGCAGAGCAGUUUGACUUGUACUCUGAGGAGCCUGUGAAGACUCAGGAGGUCUACUUCCCCGACGACUUCUGCAAAUUCUUCCAGCUCUGGACUUCCAGUCCCAAGUACAACGAGGUGUUUCUUCCAAACGACUUUUACUUUUGGAAGGGUGCCACAAACGACGAAGACACUCCUUCAUUUUUGCCAAGUGACUUCUUCCACUGGCAGAAUGUCUUGAGCCAAAAGAGCAACGAGUCCUUCCUUCCCCAAGAAUUCUGCUCGUUUCAAAGCAUCAUCGAUUCAGUCGAGCCUGUGCUUCCUGAAGUACACCUUUUGGCUCCUGACGAUGGUAUGAAUUGUGAAGAGGUGAGCUCCAUUCUUCCCCUGGAGUCCAGCUCAUCCUCAGAGUCACUUCCCUGCAAGAAGGCCAGAAGGAACUCAAAGGUCUUUGUGGUAAAGCAUCACAGCAAGAAGAGGAAGGUUCCCUACGUCGGAAUUAUUUCCAAGGAACCAAAUCCUCCACUUCCCCCUGCUGAUGUGAUGUAUGACCUGGAUAGCUCAGAGCAGUCUUCAUUGUUUGACUGGUCUCGAUUUGACCCUAGUAUGAGUGAUUCAGACGUUGAUGCUUAUCUAGGGGAGCUCGACUGA